AACUGCUGUGGGUCCAGCAAGCAGUUAAAAUGAGUUUGUAUUAUCGGCACGUUUGGGGAGUGGUUAGCACGUCCGCCUUGUAGUGCAGUGGUCAUAGGUUCGAUCCUGGCUUCGGCCUUCCUGUGUAGAGUUGCAUGUUUUUUCCAUGCCUGAGCCAAUUUCCUCCCACAUUAAAAAAAAAAAACACGCAUGGUAGGUUAAUGGAGCACUCAAAACUGCCCCAGAGUGUCAUUAUUAGUGUGAAUGGCCGGUUGUCUAUGUGCAGGCUGGGAUUGGCUGGCGGCUGGUUCAGGGUGUUCUCCUCUGGCUGCCCGAGGACUUCAGCAAGCCUGCGGCCCUCGUGGGAUUCAGCAGUUUCAGAUAAUGGAUGAAUGAACGAAUUUGUAUUAUAAAAGGAUGAAUUGUGGUCGCUCUGAUGCACCACUUCAAAAUGGAAGCAUCUCGAUCUUAGGUUGUGGCAUUCUAUUAGUUCACCACUAGAUGGCACUAUGUUCUACAUACUACACCUUUAAACUGCGAUAUUGAUCUGUCGCGCCAUCAUCCCCCGACACCCCUUUUGCAUCAUUCAACGAAAAAGCAUAUUUUUCAAUUCUAUACACAUUAAUCAUAUAGUUACAUAAAUAAAUUCAUGGUAAAAUUUACAUUGCAAAUCAGGUAAUGGCCAUUUUUUUUCUUCAUUUAAUUUUGUACAUGAAAAAGAUAAUACACGAUGUAUAAAUGGAACAUCCAAUUUGCUACAAAGAAAAUGUAUUUAACUGUCAUACGCAAUCAAAUAAGAAGAGUCGCCACAAUGAGUUAAAUGUCUAGCAGAUGUAAUUACAGUGUCGUCUAUGAGAGUGUCUCCGGGAGUGUGACCUCUUAGAAACUCAAAACACACACACGCACGCGCGCACACACACACACACACACGCACACACACAGGCUUAAAACUGCACCGACAGCAGCCGGCAAAGUCUCAUUGAGCACUUGCAUCUUGGCGGCUGCAGCUGCUUUUUGCUGUUCCUUUUUGGGGUUCAAGCUAAGGACAUAUGAUGGAGAAGAUUUUUCAAUUCCGUUGAACAUUUUCCUGUGACGCAUUCAGGACCAAACUGAGAGGAGGGAACGUCCAGUCAUUGGCAAAAGAUGAGGAGGGACCAAAACAAAACGUUAUACUCCUCUUUGGCAGAUGAUGUCGACAGGGCUCCACUCUGAAAUCUCGUGUCCCAACGAUGCGAAGGUUGCCACACAUUUCGUGCGAGAUCCUGUCUUAUCUGGAGCCAGAUGACAAACGAUCAGGUGACAGUCGAAAAUGGCGCUGAAGACAAAACUUCCGGACGAAUGGGGACCACUCCAAGGUCAUCCAAUAAUCCUUGCUCUUAUCUUGACUUCCUGGGUUCACUGUGGCUUCUAUUGACCAUGAUCACCAUCGCGCGUGCCUGCCCAAAAAGGUGCCAUUGCACUGAAAGGAAUGGCGCUGUGGUGCAGUGCACGUCACGUAACUUGGACAACAUCCCCUCCAAUCUGCCCAAGGACACCGUGGUUCUCUUGCUCUCGUCCAACCAGAUCACACACGUCCCCAAGGAAGCCUUCACGGACCUCCACCAACUCAGGGACCUCGACCUUUCCCAUAACCUCAUUGAAAGCUUGGAGGUCGGCGCUUUCCAAGGAAUUUCCCAAGGCUUGAGGACCUUGGACCUUUCAAACAACCACCUCAGCAGCCUGCCAAAGGAAACCUUCACGAAACUGCAAGCUCGUGUGCGCUUGUCCAAUAACCCCUGGAACUGCGAGUGCUCUUUGCAGGAAGUGUUGAGGGAGCUGAGACUCGACCCCGAGACGAUCAAUGAGGUGAGCUGCUCGAUGUCUGCGCAGGACGAAUAUGUCGGCCAACCGGUCAUCCAGGUGUUGGACUCGGGAAUCAACUUCUGCAACUUUCACCAGAAGACGACGGAUGUGGCCAUGUUCGUGGCCAUGUUCUGUUGGUUCGCCAUGGUGACCGCUUACAUCAUCUACUACAUCCGACACAACCAGGAGGAGGCAAGAAGGCACUUGGAGUACCUCAAGUCCUUGCCGAGCAAUUCCCAUAUCAGCGGGGACUACGAUACAGCCAGCAGUGUGUUUUAGAAAUGAUGCACCAAUGAAUAUAAAUGAGUGUGCAUUGAUGCAUAUAGAUGAAAGUCAAGCAGGGAAAAUGUUUGAGGCUUGUGAGCGAUAAAACCAGCUCGACGAUACAUUGCUGCACAAGUCAGAUGUGAUAAGAAGCAUCCAAAAAAUUAAAACAAUUCACUGUCUUGAAAAACACGCACAUAUGUGUCGAGAAGGACAAAAUGUGAAUGUCUAGAAUUUUCUGUGUUUGGUUGUCAUCCCCAAAAAAGUCUCUGAAGUCUGAGUUUUAUUUGUGCUGUGGAAACAACUCAAGGCAGGAUCUGUUUGAGCAAGGUGAAGGGCAGAUGUAGCCUUUGUGACUUUCUUGAUUUGAAGUACUCAAGUGGCGUUCUGGAUUUUGAUGUAUUUAUGUUCUACAGCAAAUCUGUCCUUAUUAAUGGAAUGCAUAUUGUAUGCAGAUUUUUAGUGUCUUUAAACAUAUAUCACAUUUUGCUAGAGAUUAAAUUACUUUAGCCCUAUAGUGCUAAGAACGAAUUAAAAAAAUAAAAUAAGGGAAAUGUAGAUAUGACAUCCAAGAGUUAUUCAUUCAUCCAUUUUUUAAUCCGCUUAUCCUCACGAGGGUCGCGGGCGUCCUCGAGCCUAUCCAUACUGUUGUGGGCGGGGGACACCCUGAUCUGUUUGCCAGCCAAUUGCAGAUCCAACUGUAGUUAUUUUCUGAACAAUGAAAUAAACAAACAUUGCAAAUGAGAACGUUUUAUUCUCGGGCUGCUGAUGUUACCAAUACAUCAGCAGCCUGAGAAUAUAAUAUAGAAAUAAAUAAUAAAUUCCCAUUUACUCUUCAAGACAGUGUCUUUUACAUUUUGCAGCUAUUGAUCGCAGCAGAUGAAAACUGUACAACGCAACAAAUAACAAGCACACAGGUCCUCUACCAACAAAUUAAAUCCAUAAAUAGGAUACGACUGUGCAAGGCUUCUUAGAGUAUCUUGUUGCAGUUUAUUGGACUUGGGGGUUUUUUUUGCCUCGUGGUUGCAUUCUAAUUUGCCUAACCAUGUGACCAAGUGUUUUAUGCAAUUAUAUUUCUUGGACCUUGCUCUCCUCAAACCACUUCCACUCCAGGUCUUUGUCCCAAGGCUGUAAAGUGAGAUUUACAUUCAUAAUUUGGAAAUGGUUGAGUUCAGAAAAGUCAGUGGAUUGAAAAUUGCUGCAAUUCAUUCAAGCCAAGACAUGAAUCAGGAAGAAAAGUUUGUUCCUGAAAAAUUCAGUUUCUUCAGACUGUAGACUUCGAACAGCUGGAAGACCAAUUGAGUUGCAACUACCAUUAGCUCAACUCAAAUGUGAGUUUGUAUAAAUCAUUAUCUGAUGUGUCAGUGUCUGGUUUAAUAAAGGUAAGUGUGGUUGAAGAAUCCUUCAAGCCAGUAAAGCAA